AUGGCGGCUGUGCCCAAACGCGAUCCAAGCGAUGCGUCCAAUCGUAUGACGAGACGCAAUGGUCCGAGGGGGCAUCUUUUAUCGACAUUCAACAAUCGCAACACGACAGAUGCAGCCAAGCAACCGAAAUCAAAUGCUGCGCAGCCGGUUGCCGAGACAAGACCGGACCCUGGGACGGACGACGAGCCUUUGAGCUCUGACGAAGAGGAACUCGGAGAAAAGAAAAAGGACAUUCCCCAGCCUAGUCUGGAGGCGGCGUUUGACGUUGCUACUGAUGCGGAGCCUCUAAGCUCCGACGAAGAGCAACCUAGCGAUGACGAGCUUUUGGCGGGUCGCAAAGCGACGAAAUCUAUGGUUACAACUACUCUGGAGGAGAAACUUGCGAAAGCAGACAAUGCGCCACAAGGCAGUUCACGCAAUGGGCGCACUCGCAGAGGCAGUUUUAUACGCAAGCAUAGCACGAUGACGGGCUCAGACGAUGAGGAUGAUUUCAUAUUCUCUGGAUGCUCGCAGCCCAAGCGGCGAAGGGCAGGGCAGCAGUAUGCAUCGAAGAAGGCCGAAACCUUCAAGAACAAAAAGCUGCCAAAUCGACAGGAGAAGGUGUCGUCGCCACUCUCGUCGCCGCUCUCGUCGCCGCUCAGUGAAGCGCCCGAGGAACCGGAAGAGACAUUCAUCGUGCCGAGAAACAUUGAUUCUCCGAGUUUCAGGGCAAGCCGUGGCGGGGAAGAGUCCAACUCUAGUUUCUCGCACGGUCAAUACUCGAAAGAGGACUUUGACGCGCUAUUACUUGACGGUGAUUCGCCGCUCUCAUCCCUAAGUUCCUCCGUUUCUGGUGAAAUGUCAGAUAUCGAAAAGGCUGCAAAAAAGAACCGCCCACCAUCGCCACCUCCCAAGUCCUUGUGUCCAAUGUGCCACGAGGAAGUAGACUGGGAAUUACUGGAAGAAUUCAAGUCCCAACCGAAACAGCGUAUUCGUGAACAGGUGAAGUUCUGUGAGUCUCACAACCGCCGAAGCGCGGUGAAAUCAUGGGAACAGCGCGGAUAUCCUGAGAUCGACUGGGAUAACUUCGAGACGCGCGUUCAAAGCUAUUUCCCGAAACUCGAAAAGUUCCUCAGGCCUGGUGUUUCCUCUUUCUACCGAAAUAUCCUUGAAACUGCCCUGGGGUCUGGGCAAUCGAAGAACCUGCGGUUGACAGCGCAAGAUGACAAGGGGCUUGAGAUGAUGAGUUGCGGUUACUAUGGAGCUCGGGGCGCAACCAAAAUGGUCGAGGUACUCAUGCCUCGGUUCUCAUUGUCGGUGCGUCGUCUGGCUCUAACGGACAACGUGAUCCAGGCAGUUGGCGUGGCUGGCUAUACACAGUCUGUCCUUGCCCCCGAGCUGGCCGUGCUUAUGGUCAAGGAUGAUAUGAAGGUCAAUGACGAAGAUGCUCGUCAAAUCAUGCGGGAGAGCAUGGACAUCGGUAACAGGAUCAACCCAGACCACAAUGUUGUGCCGGUGCCAGAAGAAGAACGGACUAGUCUCAACUAG